GUACAUGUUUCAAUACACUGCAAUUCAAGGACUACAUUUAAUAACAAGCAAUCAAUAUUUGACAACUUAUAAGAUUAAUACGAAUGCUUCCUUUUCAACUAAAUCUGGCUAUGCUGGUAUUUCAUUUGUUUGUAGAGAGUGAAGAGAAGUGGUUGACGGAGUUUGUUUUUAGCAACAUGUGACUUCUACCAUUAUCAUAGAGGGACUCACCAUGAGAUUGGCUGUUGGACAGUGGAAGAUAUUCGGUGAUUGGAGGCUGGUUAUCAUCCUUCGUAAAAUGGGCAAGGCAACACUUGCUGAUAGAUGUCCUUUCAAUUGGGUUUAUAGUCUGCCUAAUGUGCAGUGAAUAUUUUAUGUAAAGACAUGUUGUUGUGGAUUCUUAACGUUUAAUGAUGUGAUUUAUUUGAAGUUCUAAAAAAAAAAAAAAAUCAAUAUUUGACAAAUCAAAAUAUAAGAUAUGGUUAUGA